AAGAAUCAAGAGAAAGAGACGCCAGCUCACACUUCUAACGGCUUGAGUUUGAAGACUUUGAACUUUGCCCUCCCGUGCGCUUUCUCUCUCCUCCAAAACCCCUGACACCCCCAACAAAAACCCUGCUACAAAUCAACCCGACAACACGAUGGAGGUGGACGGCGAGAUCAACGGCGAGGCUGUGGGGCGGUGUUUGAGCAGCUUUAUAGACGACGGCACAACCGAGAGCCAUCGCUACUAUUUAGCUCGUAGAACAACGCUGGAGAUGCUGAAAGACAGGGGAUAUAUUAUCCCCUCUUCCGAAAUCAAUCAAACUCUUCAUGAAUUCCGCAGUAUUUUUGGCCCUAAACCUGACCUUGAUCGCCUCCGUAUCGCCUCUGUCCUUCAAGCCGAUCAGUCUAAAAGGAUCAUGGUGAUAUUCUGUGGGCCUCAGCUAGUCAAAGUGAAUACAGUACGUGGCAUUGGAGCCCAGAUUGUUAACAAAGAAGGUUUGAAUGGCUUGAUACUGAUAUUACAAAGUAAAAUAACAAGCCAAGCUCAGAGAGCUGUGGAUCAAUUCCAAUUUAAAGUUGAGAUAUUUCAAAUAACUGACUUGCUCGUGAAUAUCACGAGUCAUGUUUUGAAGCCAAAGCAUCAAGUGCUGACUCCUAGGGAGAAAGAAAAGCUCUUGAAGAAAUACAAUUUGGAAGAAAAGCAGCUUCCAAGAAUGUCGAUGAAAGAUGCAAUUGUACGAUAUUAUGGAUAUGAGAAAGGGCAGGUACUCAAAGUGACUUAUAGUGGUGAGAUUACCCAAUCUCAUGUGACUUACCGUUGUGUAUCGUAAUGGCCUGGCACAAAUAUCUUAGGCCUUACUGGUUUUAGGCCUAAGUAGUUUAGUCUUGUAACUUUAUCGAACUAAUAAUGUUAAAUUUCAGUUCUUGCGCAGUAUCAUCGUUGUGUAUCUUAAUGGUAUGCAACAUUUAUGUAGUUUCCCUGUCCUUUCUGUUUUUAGGCCCAGAUUAGGUUGGCCUUGUAAUUUUAUGAAACCAAUAUUGUUCAAUGUUCUGUAAUAUUAUAAAUAUGAAUGUUUCCAGAAA